CGGGGAUUUAGAAGAUUUAAAAAGAACCCGAGGUGGAGGACGAGAACGCAGCGGCAGGUGGUCCUCCAAGACAGGCGGCCAUCAGAAUGAACUACGUGGGUCAGCUGGCAGGCCAGGUUCUGGUAACCGUUAAGGAACUCUACAAAGGUAUCAAUCAGGCCACGCUAUCGGGCUGCAUCGAUGUGGUGGUGGUGCGGCAGCCUGAUGGAUCCUUCCAGUGUUCCCCCUUCCACGUACGCUUUGGAAAAUUGGGAGUGCUGCGCUCCAGAGAGAAAGUGGCGAGUGACUCAUGAGAUUCACCAAAGUCUACCAAGAUUCUCUGGAGUCUCCCUAAAUUUGGGAGGCUCACAAAAUAAGCUCUUAUGAUCUUGCAGAUCGACAUAGAAAUAAAUGGAGAAGCGGUGGAGUUGCACAUGAAGUUGGGAGACAACGGUGAGGCUUUCUUUGUCCAGGAGAUAGAACAAUCCGAUGAGAUGGUCCCAGCCCACCUGGCGACCUCGCCCAUCCCCACAAACAACGCCCUCAACAAGAACCAAGGUCGUUCCCUCAGUUGCCCGGAAGAGGCGGGGGGUAGGAAGCGGAAACGGCGGCGGCGGAAGCACAAGGCCGAGCCCCGCAAGGAGGAUCAGAGCCGGCCAGUAGGGGGCGAGGUGGAGCUUCCUGGGCUCAGUUCGGAUGAGGAGAUAACCUCAUGGGCAUCGCCAACAACAAAGGACAACUUUGGAUGUUCCCCGGCCACCAGCCUCGAGUGGGACAGCUACCCCUUCUCCGAUGGUGACUGGCCCCCCUACAUGAACGUGUUAUCUGAGUCGGCAUCGCCCAACAGCGACUCGGAGCUGAUGGUGAAGACAACCUUCAGAGCUGAGGCCCACAUGCAGUGGAGCUGGGGCGAGUUCCCGGAAUCCACAAGGGUGACCAAAAGGGAGAGCUCUGAUCCAAAGGUGCUGACGAUCACCCCCUCGGAGAACACGCAUUUCCGGGUUAUCUCUGGCCAAGAACAACAGAAUGAAGAUCUUCUCUGCAGCAUUGUCAAACCCCAAGCCCAGAAAGCUGACGUCAGCGGGAAAGUUCCUCGCAAGCCCAGGUGGAGCUCGACUCCGCCUCGCCGCAGUGAGUCAGAUACCAAGUCCGCAGAGAUUGCCGUAAAGACUCGAGGUGUGAGGAAGAGGAGUCAACAUCAGGGACCAGAAGACAUCUACCUGGACGACCUGAGCGCACUUGAACCGGACGUCAUCGCUCUUUAUUUCCCCAAGAGCGAGUCGGACCAGGUUUCGAGGUCCUGGAGGGAGACGACUGCGGCGGGCGGCAGUGGUGGGAGUCACGGGGAUAGCGGGGCGGAGUGUCUUUCCGACUCAGCCGCCGACCUGCCCGACGUGGCGCUGUCGCUUUGCGGCGGCGGCGACGGGAGCGCUGACUCGGAGAUCGACGGCGAAAAAUUCCUGGAAUACAAAAUCGGCUAUCAUGACUUUGCGGAAAACCCCGCACUCAUCGAUGAUCCCAAUUUGGUGGUUCGGAUUGGACACAGAUAUUACAACUGGACACUGGCGGCACCGCUCAUCCUCAGUAUGCAGGCUUUUCAGAAGAACCUCCCAAAAGCCACAGAAGAAGCCUGGGUGAGGGACAGGAUGCCUAAAAAGUCAGGGCGAUGGUGGUUCUGGAGGAAGAGCAGCGUCAAGCAGUUGUCCACAGAGAGCAAGCUGGAGCCGCAGAAGACUUUGACCAAUGAGAGUCCAGCUCCGGACACGGACCCUAAAGCACAAGAGAAAACCUCGGAGUGGUCGAGCGACGACGAAAGCAAAGAGCUCAACGACGUGACCGCCGGUCCCGCCUACAGGAAGUCCCUGCGCCUGUCAUCGGAGCAGAUCGCGGGUCUGAAGUUGAAGGCGGGUCCCAACGACGUGACCUUCAGCAUCACCACUCAGUACCAGGGAACGUGUCGCUGCCAGGGGACCAUCUACCUGUGGGACUGGAGCGACCAGGUGGUCAUCUCAGACAUCGACGGCACCAUCACCAAGUCAGAUGUGUUCGGUCACAUCUUGCCUCAGCUGGGCAAAGAUUGGACGCACGAAGGCAUCGCCAAGCUCUACCACUCUGUGCACCAGAACGGUUACAAGUUCCUGUACUGUUCGGCGCGGGCCAUCGGCAUGGCGGACAUGACGCGGGGGUACCUGCAGAGGGUCAACGAUAGGGGAACGCUGCUGCCCCGGGGGCCGCUGCUGCUGGCGCCCAGCAGCCUCCUCUCGGCAUUCCACAGAGAGAUGAUCGAGAAGAAACCCGAGAAGUUCAAGGUGGAAUGCUUGUCGGACAUCGGGAAGCUUUUCUCGGCCGGCGAGCAACCCUUCUACGCCGCGUUCGGCAACAGGGAGAGCGACGUGUUAGCCUACCGGCAGGCGGGCGUGUCCGUCUGCCGCAUCUUCACGGUGAACCCCAAGGGCGAGCUGAUCCUGGAGCAGAGCAAAGGCAACAAAACCUCGUACUCGCGUCUGAGCGAGCUGGUGGAUCACGUGUUCCCGUUGCGUGGCCGCCAACACGCCGCCGCCUUCUGCUGCCCUGACUUCAGCGCCUUCUCGUACUGGAGGCAGCCCGUCACGCACGCCUGCUUGGAGGAGCUGCUGUGACGACGGACGCUUGUUCUCCCUCAUCUUCACUUUGUUGCUCAUUUUAUGGAGUUGAAAACAACACGGAUUGUUCACGUGAAAGGAACGUUCGUCGCGGGAGCGGAUCUCAUGCAUUUGUUUCAAUAGUUUUAAUGUGUGAGCAACUUGAAGUUUGUAAAUGUUUUGGGUGGUGAUGAUGAUGACAUACAUAUAUCUAAAUAUGAAUUUCAAUGUAUUGUUUUUUACUAUUGUGAUCUAUUUUUAUAUUAUUAAGAA